UUGUCCUCUCCGAAUAACGAGGUUCCUUCUGCUUUUUGCCAGAAGGACCAACAGCAGGCGAACACGAGCCCAGAGGCUGCCCAGCAACCCCAKGAGGCUCCGGCGACGAGAGCCAGGUCCAGUGGAGGCUCUGGCGAUGAGGGAGGGGGCGAUGGCUCUGGACCCGAGCAGAACGGCCAGCCCCCCGCCGCCCAGCCYGCUCGAGUGGUGGAGAACGAAGAGGAGGAGGACGAGGAGAUGACCUUGAAAUACGGGGCCAAGCACGUCAUCAUGCUCUUUGUUCCCGUGACGCUGUGCAUGGUGGUGGUGGUGGCGACCAUAAAGUCCGUCAGCUUCUACACCAAGAACGACGGCCAGAGGCUGAUCUACACACCAUUCCCUGAAGAGACGGACACCGUAGCACAGCGAGCCGUCAACUCCAUCCUGAACGCCACUAUCAUGAUCACUGUGAUCAUCGUCAUGACGCUGGUGCUGGUGUUGUUGUACAAGUAUCGCUGCUACAAGGUGAUCCAAGGCUGGCUGUUUCUCUCCUCCCUCCUCUUGCUCUUCUUCUUCUCCUUCAUCUACCUCCAGGAGGUUUUCAAAACCUACAACGUAGCCAUGGACUACUUCACCCUGGCAAUAGUUGUGUGGAACUUUGGCGUGGUCGGCAUGAUCUGCAUCCACUGGAAAGGACCUCUGCGACUCCAGCAGGCCUACCUCAUCAUGAUUAGCGCCUUGAUGGCGCUGGUUUUCAUCAAAUACCUGCCAGAGUGGACUGCCUGGCUCAUCCUGGCAGUUAUAUCCGUUUACGACCUGCUGGCUGUGCUCUGCCCCAARGGACCGCUGAGGAUCCUUGUAGAAACGGCUCAGGAGAGAAACGAACCCAUUUUUCCAGCUCUCAUCUAUUCUUCUACGAUGGUUUGGCUCGUCAACAUGGCCGACACCGACGGGCCAAAGAGGAACUCCACAGAAACGUCUCCUCCUCAACAACAGACUCAAGACUCGGCUGUAGAGUCUCCGGCGCCGUCGAGUCCCUCGCAGGACGACGGCGGCUUCACCUCCUCCUGGGUCAGUCAGCAGGAGCACCGGCUGGGGCAGCUGCAGACCACCGAGGAGACCAGACGGGAGAUCCAAGAGAUGCCGUCUGCGCGUCCGCCUGCGGAAGACGACGAUGAGGAGAGUGAGUGCUUGAAAUCGAAUCUUUUUAUUUUUAUUUAAUCUGUAUUUUACCAGGAUUAAACAAAACUAAACAAAAAAGCGUUGAUAUUAAAAACCUGGCCAAGUGACUUUUAAUUAGUGGCAUUGGAUAUAAAACAGGUCAGAAAACUGAAUAUUUACAGGAGUUCACGUGAGGUGUUGGUGCCAAUGUGUCUUUAUUAACUGUAGCUACGUUUCCAUUAAUCGUAUAAUUGCACAAAUUGGAGUGUUUCUUCAUGGAAACGUGGCAAUUUAAAAAAACGGAAAUGUUUUUUGAUAAAACCUUUCCAUGCUGGGACGAAGUGGUUUUUCGGCUGUAUUGAAAUUAGUGUACUUUGWCAAAUUGCAAUAGAAACACUCUUUUUGCAUCGUGAUCAAUAACCAGAUGUUGGUACUAAAAGAAAAGACGACAGGAAGUGAUAGSAGGAUGACGGCGCGGCAGGUUUUUUAACGACUUAUCGUGUGAACAAACUUAUACACGUGUGAUUUUAAUUGCGUUUCUUAUUUUUUGGAAACACCACAAUUAUGAAAUUGUGUUUUACCAACAUUAACAGAAUAUUGACAACGUUUUCCCUACAUUUGUAAUGGAAAUUUGCCCUGAUCCUAASCAUCCAGAUGAUAAAGCAACACCUUUGCUGGGGUUCCCACUGGUUGUGCUCAAGUCCAUUUCCAGAGAAUAAUCACAGUAAUUUAAUAAAACCUAGGAAUUGGAAAUAAAAAGUUAAAUUUGGGGAUUUGAAACAAAAAACUACUAGAUCGUCAGCGUACAGGGAAACCUUUUGUUUACCGUGUCUUUAAAUAACUUGGGAUUACCUUUUUUUUAAUGUGGAAGCAA